GGCAACUUUCACUAUUGCAUGGACAAUCUGGAGUGACUCAUUUUUCUUCAAAUCUUUAAUGUACCAAAAUACGAUGAUUGAAACCAAUGCAACUUUUUUGACGUGGAAUGCUUGGGGACUUCGGACUCCGCAAAGUACAAUGAAUGAAACAACUUCACAGAUUGCUUCAACGACAACCACAACAGGCACCACAACCGCAACGAUGAAUUUGGAAAGUACAACAAACACCAGCAUUUUGUCGCCCACAGCAGGGCCUACCAAUCCAGCCGUGCCAUCGACACUGACUACUUCAACACGGGUCACCGGCCUGCAAAAUGCGACGUCCACCACCAGUGUGCCCGGAUCAUCAGCAUCAUCGGUCACCAGCCAGAAUGCAAUGUCCACCACCAGACCCAGAUCAAUGUCAUUGAAACCAAACAUUGUUUGGAUUAUGGCAGAUGAUUUGGGAUGGGGUGAAGUGGGUUUAUAUCCCGCCAACUCUAAACACGGUCGCCUGCGCACUCCGUACUUGGAUCAGUUUGGGCGUGAAGGGGUGGCCUUCCGCCACGCGUAUGCGGGCUAUUGUGUGUGUGCACCCAGCAGGAUGAGUUUCUUCACGGGAAAACAUAGUGGUCGAUUUGUCGCCAUGGGACUGGAUGGCAUGUCCUUGAGGCCUGAGCAGAACGUCUCCACGUUCCCAGAGGUUCUUCAAUCAGCUGGCUAUGUCACCGCUGCAUUUGGGAAAACCUCGCCCUUGACCGCGCCCUUGCGUCAGGGUUUCCAGGUUUUUCUUGGACAGGUGUCGCAAGGACUUUGCCACAACAUGUAUCCCAGGCACAUUGAUCAAGGGAAGGGGCAAUUGAAUUUCGCGUUGUUCGGAAACUUUGCCAACAAAUCACGGGAGCUUUGCAUGGAAAAUCCCGAAAGAUACAAUUACACCAUUGACGCGUUCCAUGAUGCGGCCAUGGCAUGGUUAGAAGAAGUUUCAAAGGCUCCAGGCCCUCCUUUUUUUCUGUACAUGAGCUACACCAUUCCACAUGCUGGUGGCUGGGGGGAUUAUCCCAAGAUGCCGGAGUCGGGGCAGCCAGUGCCCUUGGACAUGGGCUAUACAGACAGAACCUGGCCCUCUGUCGAGCGAGAUCAUGCUGCAACUGUGAGCUACAUGGAUCUCAAGAUCGGUCAGUUGAUGAAACACUUGCAGACUUUGGGAAUUGAUGAAAAAACCAUCUGCUUCUUCGCGUCUGACAAUGGCGCACAUUUCGAAGCCGGACAUCGGAUGGGUUUCUUCGAUUCCACGGGUGGUUUGCCCGGCCACAAGGCGGGAAUGUUCGAGGGAAGCGUGCGCUCACCCAGCAUGGUUCGAUGGCCUGGGAAAAUUGCUCCUGGCCGCUGGUCCGAUUUCCCCUGGGCUUUUUGGGAUGUGUUCCCAACCUUGGCGUCCUUGGCAGGGGUGGAAGUGAAAUCCUACAACUUGGAUGGGGUCAACAUUCUGCCCCAGUUAUUAGGAGAUUUAGGAGACGACAAAGACGACAAUCAGAUUCAGCCUGAUCAGCCUGAUCUUUCGCGUUAUUUUUACUUCACUUGGGUGGGCGAUGGUGGCCGUUUCAUUCGCACCAAAGAUCCCUUCAUCAAGCGCAAUGGGCCCGGGUACACUGUGCGCCGGGGUCGCUGGAAGGGCAUGGUGCCGCAUUGCCGAGAUCAAGACCGGGUGAAGCCCAGUUUAAGGGACCGUAUGCGGCUGUUCGACUUGGUUGAAGACCCACUGGAAACCAAAGAUGUUUCAUCUUCGAAUCCUGAAAUUGUGCAGGAUUUGAAGAAGCUGGUAGUUUCCCAAAAUCUCAGCUGCAUCUGCUACCAGUGUUUCUGGCCCUUUCACAAGGCUCAUCAUGGCCGUGGCUUGCGAAAACAAAUGCUGUGCAGCUUGUAAGGUGGUGGACUUUCAACUGGAACUGAGAACUUUUUGCAGGCAG